CUUUCAUCCCUUUCUCCCAAUUUUACCCUCAAUUCAUUGUCAGUCGCCCACAAUUUAUUCACUUGUUCAAUACAAUUUCAUUUCAUGAUUAAAACCUUUCAACUUUCUUCAAUCGAAAUAACCCCCAAUCAAUUCUGAACACUAAAAUUAAUUGAAACCCUUUCAAGUUUCUUCAAUUAAAACUUUCGUGAAAUGUUACCAUGGCGAUUAAAGGAGUAUUUCAAGGGGCAAUACCCUAUUGAAGAUGCUAAACCCACACUCUCUCACCACCACUGGUUCCAGAAUUGCCUCAUACCUUCUUCAUUCACGUAUCAAACUCAGGUUCUCAUCUACUUUCUUCAAUUUCAACUUCUUGAUGUUUAAUCCUGGUUUGUUUGCUUAUGCAGGGUGUUUAUUCACGAGGGAAGAUACAUUCUGAGCUUAUUUUCACAACUCGAAAGACCCUCUCUCUCACUGUUUGAAGAUCACCGGAGCUUCGCUGGAGGAACCCAAAGUUGCCGGAAAAACCCUCUUGCUCUCCAUCGUCGAGAGAGAAACGGGAGUGACAGAGAGGGAGAAGUAGGGAAGCGGUCGGUGGUUUCUGAAGGCAAUCGGAUCUUCUUCCCAAUCAAUGAAAACAGAAGGUUGCGGAGGCGGCGUCUAGGAGUUCGGAUUUCUUUCCUCCGGCCAUCUGACUGACGUUCAGCUGUUGUAGUUCCAGUGAAGUUGAUAGCAAAGCAUGGUAAAAGUGAAAAAGGCAUUCAAUCUGAGACAAACAAGGAUGUGUAAUGCACUUGUUGAUCAAGAGGAUCAUAGCAAGAGGAAGAACUUUUUGAUCAAGUUGGUGAUUGUUUGGGUACUCUACUUAUGACCUUUAAGGCUCCAUUUUUGCCUUUAUUUGAUGAAUUAUUACCGUACUUGAUGCCUAUGUGGGGAAAAGAUAGGACCGAUGAGGAGAAAAGAAUAGCUAUUUGCAUAUUCGAUGACGUUGCUGAGCAUUGUGGAGAUGCAGCUGUAAAAUAUUAUGGUACUUUUCUACCAUUUGUGCUGGAAGCAUGCAAUGAUACAAGCACGGAUAUCCGCCAUGCUGCUGUUUACAGGGUUGGCAUGUGUGCAGAGUAUGGUGGAGUUGCAUUCAGACCAUAUGUUGGCGAGGCUCUUUCUAGAUUGGAUGUUGUCAUAAGACGUCCCGAUGCAUUACAUCCAGAUAAUGUAAUGGCUUAUGACAAUGCUGUUUCAGCUCUUGGCAAGAUUUGGCAAGUUCACCGUGAUAGUAUUAAUGUUGCUCAGGUUGUUCCUGCAUGGCUAAACUGCUUGCCAAUAAAAGGUGACUUGAUUGAGGCUAAAGUUGUGCAUGAUCAGCUUUGCUCAAUGGUGGAAAGGUCUGAUGGAGAAUUGUUAGGGCUUAACCAUCAGUAUCUUCCAAAGAUAGUUGGAGUAUUUGCAGAUGUUCUUUCUGCUGGUAAAGAUUUGGCUUCUGAAGAGACCGCUACUCGAAUGAUCAAUCUUCUGAGGCAGCUUCAGCAAACAUUACCACCAUCUGCCAUGGCAUCAACUUUGUCAUCGUUACAACCUCAACAACUUGCUCUUCAAUCCGUUCUCUCAUCCUAGAGGUUUAUAAAAUCAUAUCUUUAUUCAUCUGUUUGGGGUGUGUAUUAUUUGUUUUUAUCCACAACAUAUACUUGAAAUUGAGUUUUGCAUGCAUUAUAUUCAUACCCAUAUUAUCAA